UUUGGGAUUCGAUUUUUUGCAGUGUAGAAAGAGAACUGUCAGCGAAAAGUCAGAGAAUCUUCGCACAAAAUCGCUUACUUUUGUGAAAAACCCAAAUAGUCGAGAAUAUUUACCAAUUAUGAUAAUUUUAUAGUGUCUAGUCAAUUCUAUUGCAAUAAAGUUAUGAAUAUAUUUGAAAUAUUGAGAAGUUUCUUUACGAAAAUGCUGCAAAUUCUGCUCAAUAAGAAGGAAAUCACCAAUGCUCUUAGUGUUUACGUAAAGUGCAGUACAGGUACUACGUUGUCCGUGGAAUUGGACCCUAACUGGGAUAUCAAGAAUGUGAAGGAGAUCAUUGCGCCCCAAUUGGGCUUCUCCUCGGCCGACGAGGUGAAGAUCAUCUUUGCUGGGAAGGAAUUGGGAGACGCAAUUACCUUGAACGAGUGUGACUUUGGUCAGAAGACAAUUCUUCAUGCUGUCAAGAGUCGAAGAAUACCGAUUAAGUGCCCUGACAAUCCCUCAUUGACUGAAGAAGAGGGUGAAAGUGAAGAGAUCUAUCGACCACUGUCUGAGUCUUUGCUGGAAGGAGAGACUGAGAUUCCUGCUGUGACAAGUGAUUCUGAAGACACUGAACACCGGAAGGUGCUUCAAAAAGCUCAAUUCUUUGUGUACUGUUCUCAGUGUUCAAAGCUCUGCACCGGGAAGCUCAGAGUUCGUUGUGCAACUUGCCGUGGAGGAGCUUUUACAGUUCAUCGAGAUCCUGAAUGCUGGGACGAUGUCUUGAAGCCUCACAAAGUCCGAGGACACUGUGAAUCUCAGGAAAUUCCUUGCGUGGCAAGUAUUUCAGAGAAAGAUCCUCCCUUUGCUGAGUUCUUCUUCAAAUGUGCAGAACAUCCUUCCCAAGGGGAAGAAGAUUACUCCGUGGCACUGAAUCUAGUCAAGGUGAACUCCAUGGAAGUGCCUUGUUUGGCCUGUACAGAAACCUCUUCUCCCAUCCUUGUUUUCCCCUGUGAAGCUGGCCAUGUAACAUGCCUGGACUGCUUUAGAGAUUUUUGUCAAUCCCGCCUCAGUGAGAGACAAUUUAUUUCCACUGAGAAUCUAGGCUAUACCCUAUCCUGUCCCGUUGGCUGUGCAAAUUCCUUCAUCGAGGAAACCCAUCACUUCCGUCUGCUGCCCAAAAAUCUCUAUGAUCGCUAUCAACGGUUUGCAACUGAGGAAUUUGUCCUGCAGCAGGGAGGAGUUCUCUGUCCACAACCUGGAUGCGGAAUGGGUCUCCUGGUUGAGGAGGACUGUCGCAGGGUUCAGUGUCAAAGUGGCUGUGGGUAUGUCUUCUGUCGGCAAUGUCUCCAGGGGUAUCAUUUGGGGGAAUGUAUCCCAGAUUUUUCUGCCAAAAUGUCAGAGAAUCAUCAGCAAUUCUCCGUUGAUCCCAAUAGAGCUGCUGAUGCAAAGUGGGAUGAAGCUUCUAGGACCACAAUUAAAAUCUCCACGAAACCUUGCCCCAAAUGCCGUACGGCUACUGAAAGGGACGGUGGAUGCAUGCACAUGGUAUGCACGAGGGCAGGAUGUGGAUUUGAGUGGUGCUGGGUGUGUCAAAUUGCCUGGAGCACCGAAUGUAUGGGAGCUCACUGGUUUGGAUAGAUUUGAAGGUAGUAUUAGACGUUACGAGUAAGCUUCCUUUGAAUAUAAUUUUAAGCCACGCCCCCUUCAAGUUUUUGAUGAAAUAUGAGAUUUCUUUAGGGUAAAUUAAGCUAAUUCAAAACCUGCUCCAAAUGGAAAUUUUUCGCUACUCGAAAUGGAAACGUCAUUGUUUUCACGAUAAAUACAGUACUAAAUUAUUAUAUUUAUAUAUUUUCUAUACCACAGUUUCAUUAUUUAGUUAAUUUUGCUUCAAAUAAAGCGAAAACCCAUUCAUAUUCACUAAUUUUAAUUUGUGUUUUUUUCUUAGAAAAAUUAAAAGUGUACCUUUUCACCAUCGAAUUUUUCAUCGAUCGACCAUGUUUUCCAAUGAAAAACACAAUAAAGUGACUGUUAUUUAUUCGUUUUGUUUAACAUUUUUAAUGUCACAUUUCGUCGCGGUUUCACUUACACUGUUUGUCUCCAAUUAGAAACUUUCCCUUGUCACCAUUUGGAUUAACUUGCUUUCCAAUAGAAGCAUUUUGCACUUGUUUUUUUUUCUCGUAUUUAAGAAGUUUUCAAAUUAUAUCUAAAUAAUUUUCACUAAAUAGUCACAUUCUAGAAGAGCCAAGGAGCAAAUUUAUGUAAUUCUCUUCAGAAAAAAUAUAAACUUAAUCUGUUGAAUCUUCUGUCAAAAUUAAAGCGUCUGGAAAUGGUUUUGAAUUAGGACAUUUACCCAAUUUUCAGGAUUUACCAGAACGAUAAGAUCUGAGGCCAACUCAGAUCAAUGUCUAAGACAGUCUUCAGACUAGAGGUUUAACCUAGUCCCAGAAGGUCUCAAAAUCCUUAAAAAUUGUCAAAUAACUUGGUUUUUUAUGCCCUAGACACACAUACGACUUAAGCCGAGAGACGACUUAGUGGAAAAUGAUGGAAAUGCUAUUACGCUAAGACGUCUCUCGGUUAAUCCUCAUAUCUGUCAAGGCACUUAGAAUCUAAUGGUUUAUUUGAGUUUGAUAAUACAAUUCUAUGUCAAUAUUUAAUGGAAAAUUUUGGUUGAUAAGAAGUUUGAAAAGUUAAGCCAUAUGGCUCAGUCUUAAGUCUGUAGCCCGUAUAAGAAGGAGUAUCCGCGACGAAUUUUCAAUUUUCCCUGUAAAUCCUUAAUUGGAGUAAUUAAGAAGCAAAGAACAUCCCUCUUUGCGAACAAAAUUUCAGAUACAAAUGUCAGAUUUGACCACUGAGGAACGUGCAUUAAAACGCCGAAAGCUUUGGCAAAUUUGGCAAAGAAUUUUGUGUUUUCCUGUCCUAAAAACUUGUAAACUGAAAAAUGUACAAAAUGGCAAAAAAUACCGGUACAUCAAAAUAAGUAAAUAAUAAUUUUUGUCAAUUAUGAAUCGUUUUUUGAUUUGCCUUACAUAACCGCACGUGUUUUAUUUUAUAAAAGGAUUGGCAAGGCGUCCCAGGCUUUGCGAAGUGGUCGAACUCGUAAACUAGAUGCUAUCCCUCAAAAGUACUUUCGCAUCAUUUACCGUUUACCGAUUCUCAACCGAUUUAAACUAAUUUGUAAAUGUAAAUCACUCGAAAGAUUCCACAAAAUAAUUUUAAGAAUAAUAAAAUUGAUUUUCGGGCAAAAAUUACUUAUCGGUUCACAACCGGUUGGUUCAGUUUUGUCGAAAAUUCCAAGACCUUUCCAACGAACCCAAACACGAGCCCAUUCGCUUAAUAAACGCGUUCUCUAGAACCUUUUUUUACCUUUGACCUUGAAAAACCGUUAUUAGGAAUAAUUCAACGGUAUUUUCACACAUGGUCAAUUGCCCGCAUAGAUAAUCUCUAAAACAUAUAGUUGUUGAAAUUCUCCAACGGAAACUUAUUUCUUUAUUCUUUUCAAAUUACAACCAUAUCAAACUAUUAGAAUUGGCGAUCGACACUGAUUUAAGAUCUGAAACAAAAGGAGGGUCAGCCAUGAGAGCAUCUAUAACCUAACGUUAAAUUUUAGCCUGUCUUUAAAUCUUGCCGUCUUAGAAUCUUCCCAAAUUCCGGCCUUCAUUGUUUAUCCUAUAAAUAGAAUCCUUUUAUGUCCUCUAAUUGUGUCUUUCUUUAGUUUCCUACUGACAGGUAUUUCUCGUAGAAGUCCCUAAGAAACUCUGUCAUAAAUCCUAUAAACAAGCGCCUGGCCAAUUUGAAGCCAAUUCCUAAAUUGAUCUCAGACUCUGCUCACAGUGCUCCGAGGAAAAAAUUUAUUUAAACAAAAAUUUAGUAUAUUUAUCCCUCCAUACGGAAAUGCAUCUUAUAAUACGGAAAAACUUCUCACUUUUUAAAUAUUUAGCAUAACUGUAGCGAGUGCAGAAAAAUUCCCAUAUAAAUUUAAAUCGAAAUAUGAGGAAGUGGCUUCAAAUUUGAGGCAACUUCCCAGGGUUUGCCUAUAAAUAAAUCUUCUGUGAAACGUCUAGCUUAAUUUUCUCUUGGCUUUUACUUACAAAGCUUGUAAAUUUUCGGCAAAUUCACACUUCUAAAUAUUUGUGUCCGUCAUGAACGAAUUUCCACCAAAAACUGGCAUCUCUAUGUUUUCACCUACAUGGCAAUACUAAAACUACGAAAUUUCUGCUCUUUUACAAUUCUAUCAAUUUGAAUUUGAAUCUGCAACACAUAUUCAAAAAUGAAAAAAAAAAAAAACACGACGCGAUUUACAGCAAUCCCAAAAAAAACAUGGUUUUGGAGGGGAAGGGGAGGGGUUUAGGGGGAAAUGAGGGGCAUGGUAACGAUCCUUGGGUCGACUUAUGGGGGGUCCCCCUUAAGUCGCUAUCUCUAACCGUUUGGCCUCUAGAGCUGGCGACAACCGGUCGGAAGAAACGGACAAACAGCGUGUCAGAAAUUUGUAAGAGGCUUGCCAGAUUUUCGUUUUGAAGCGUUUAGUUUAAACUAGAUUUAUAAUUUAUCUUGGGCAAAGAGAACGCAAGAGACUUACGAUCGAUUGCAAAAAUCUUUUUAUUUUCGUAAGAUCAAGAGGAAAGGAAUAUUGUUCCAGCUUCGACAGAUAAGAUUUGUCCUCAUGAAUAUUUUCUAAAGUGCUUCCUUUGAAAUCUAUUGGGAAUAACUGUUGAAGAAGGCGUGGCCUAAAAUUAUUUUCCGGAUAAGAUACCUCAAGAAGUUUAAUACUGUCCUUUGCAGGAUAUAAGAAACAGUUACAGUAAUCCUGAUAUAAAACACAUUUUCCCUAAAUAUAUUUUAAAAUAAUUUUUAGAUAUCAUCAUAGAUGAAGAAUACAAGAAUUGUAUAAAAUAGUAAAAUAUACAAUUUCUUAGUGAG